AUGUCACAAAAGUUUGACGGGGCUGCGCAGGGUUCAACCGAGGAGACCGAGACGGAGAAAUACGGCAAAUACGAGGAGGAGGCAGGUUUUUAAGAACAACCUUGAGGGAUGAAGUGGCGUCCCAGGGGACACGGAGAAGCUCGCUCUCUAUCAUGACACCAAGACAACACGCUAACCCCGACUGAGAGCACGCUAUCUCCACAAAAGCUCCAAACACUGGAGUAAACUGAGUUUGUUCGGAGAGCAUUAGCCUCAUGAGAAUCCCAGGGGCCUCUCUGCACUAAUGAAGAGACAUCGCUGUAAAACGCCGAGCUGCUGACGAGUCCAAAAGACCCGCUUCAAUAGUUCUUCAGUACAAGAGCGGUUUUAUUCUUACCAUUUUGGAGGUGGUGGUAUCGAUCUGCUGCGUGGCGAUUAGCAUCGACAUGUCUGAAGCGGCAGUUCUUCCAAAACUCGCUCCUUCCUCUCUCGAUUCAGAAAGUCCUCUGGACAAGUGCCGAGCGUGUGGGAGGCUUCACUUCGAGUGGGAGGAUUGGUGAAGCACCUCUUCUUCUUCUUCUUCUUCUUCUUCGAGCCCCCUCCUUCCAACCCCGUCAACGCGCUCACUCUCUCCAAGAACACCUCCACGGUAGCCAAUCAAUCACACAGCGACCAGGUUUUGGGGCUGAUGCGCGGUGAUCCAUUCACCAGAAUGGGCUCUUUGGAAAUGUGCGCUCCCCCUCUCCUCACUCACUCCGACUGUCUCUCUCCCCCUCUUUUACUCCCCUCUUUCUUCCUCGGCACUCUGCCUAUCCCUCUUUGACUUUUCUCUGGCUCUCGAUCUUCCUCAUUGACUCCGCUCCCUCGCAGCGCUUUAUCGCUUUUUGUCUCCCUAAGACAAGUCGUUGUCUCCAAACUCUCACUUCGAGGAGCUGCUGCGACCGUCUCGUGUCUCCUCGCUCCUCUCUCGCUCCCCCCCUGAUUCAUUCACAGUCUUAUCCUCGCCUUUUCUCCCUCCUUCCCUGCCUGCUCAUUUCUCCCCCCACACACCGGUCUGUGUGAUUUGUUUUUGGCGGGUUCAGCACCUGGACUAAAUUGGAGUUUCGAGGGUAAUCUGUUGUGCUGCCCAUCUGCCAGCGAACGAAGCCAAACAGCUUCUUUACAUCUUGAUCAUGUGAGGCUGGAGGUGCGUGUGUCCUCUUUGAGUUGGCAGAGACGUAAAACAAAAGAUUAAAAUGUCAAAAAACGGUAAUCGGACUCUCCUAUUUUCAUAUCAUCCAACUCCAGACUCAAGUUUGUGUCCCUGCAGGUACUCGGCUGAAUCAGGUAGCUGAUGCUGUCCAACAUUUUGCAGAUCAAUUUAAUCAGACCCUGUGAUGGGCUGUAAUAAAGUGGCGAUGAAAAAUUCGUGCCACGAACCGCUCCUCGUAAAUUACCCCCACCUCAGGGGGAGAUCGGUCCCGGGCAGUCAAAGAACCAAUCUAAAAUUUAUAUGGCGUUUAUAGCUGCGGCGUGGUUAGCCAAAGUGACAAAACGGACAACUGGUCGUGUGCUAAACGGCGGCGCAGAGAGAGAGUAAAAAAAGAGGCGUGAAACUUUUCUGAGGAGAAAGUUCUGGAAGUUUUCCAUCAGGGUUCAUUUACUGGGUCAACAUUGGUGUGACUCUGCAAACUUUGAGGUUAGUUUGAUUUAGAGGAGAAAGAAGGAGAAAGGAGGAGGGACGACAAACUGUUGGUGAAACCCGAGUCAUCAGUUUUCAUAAACUGAGAGAUUUUUGGAUCGUAGAACUUCUUCACUAAAGUGGAUUCAUAAACCCUGAAAGACCUGGACCUGGACUCUUUGUCGAGGAAAUAAUUUUAAUGAGCGUCAAAGUAAAGUUUACUUACUGUCGAUUAAUUAAAUUAUAACUGAUGACUGAUUUCUCAGAAGUCGACUCAGUAGACGUACAAAUCCAGCUGUCUUGACUAUAAAAAACCUUUUAAUACCUCGUUUCCACUUUUGGACGUAGACUGUGUCCGUAAAUCUGUUCAUAGUCCCUCUAGUGUCCAAAACAAGGAAGUACAGAUGGAUAAAAACCAUAAAUCUAUCUGCGGCUAAAAAGAGAAGAAGAAAAAGAUCGAGUUACUGUAUCUGACGUUUCAUUUUGUGUUUUAAUUUGAUAAACACCGUCUUUCUAAUUUAACUAAAAGAAUGGAUAGAUUUCCGUUUGAGCGUCCUCUGAGCGCGAGUGAAUACAGUGACCUUAUUGGACGGAUUGGGCUGAGCUGGAGGCGGGACAAUCCUCAGACGUGUUAGCCAGCCCAAGCUAGUCAGCCUGCAAUGUCCUAGUCGAUAUUGGUCGAUGCGUGCUGGGUCGACUACAAUUCUGAUUGGUCGACUAGAACUCGAACGUACCAAGAGCUAAUGGAGGUAUUUUCAGAGCACCUCCAUUUCACAGGUAACAGCCUGUCUCAGAACACCCGCUUUAUUUUCACCAUUUUGGGUUCAACCAACCCACUGGAGACUGGACAGGAAGAUUGAAGAGCGUCUGCAUUAAUCAACGUUGGGUGGUUUGCUGAAUAAAAGUCGAUUUUAGCCGAUUUUUGAUCAAAUUUCAGGGUUUUAGUUGACCAACAAUUUCUUUGGUCGAUUACAGCUCUACUAGCUAGCAAUCUGUUCUCUAUUUGUCCUUGUUCACGGCGACAGAGGUGGCCAAUCAGUUUGCAUAUCAGCUGGAUUAUUUGACCAGACUUCGAAUCCUCAAACUCCUGUGGGUAAAACGAGAGUCCCCGUCCGGUCACGUCACAGUCACAGCUGUCUCUAACUUUGAUACCGCAGUAUUUCUAGUUCUUCUAAUCUGCCACCAGAGACACAAAAAGACAACAUCUGACCACCCUGUGACGACAGUUUGAGAAACGAGACAUUUAAUGACAUUGAUUCGUGUCGAUUUCUCUAAUGAUGGACUUCUACCAUCACCAAGACGUCUCUUCAUCUCUCUUUUCCUUUCUUCUGUUUUUCUACAACAUUUGUUAACAACUGAAAGCAACAGUUGGAACUGGAGGUCUGAAAAUAUUGGCCGCCGCUCUUGUCGGGAUGAUUCAUCGAGUCUAGACAACAAAGACGGAGAAAAAAAAAGAGACGCGGCGUUCCCGAAGAGAGGCCGUGAUCCAGGACGGGGACGAAGCUGGACUGAUUAGAAAACGGGAUCUUGGAGUUUGGCCACGGGGCUCAACAGUUCUUCUCUAAACUUAGCGAGGACAGACAACCAAGUCUGGUUCUCACGUACCCACUUCCAGGACCACAUAUGGACACGGAGGACUGGUGAACUUUUUAAAGCUGCAGAGAAGGACUUUUGGUUCGGGGGGAUUUGUCUCCGUCUGGACUAAACGCCGCCUUAUGUCUGUGAAUUCUAUCCCGGAUAUGUCUGAGUUAUGGUUUCCAGUGAAUAAAUCUCAGAAUCGGGGGGCUGAAAACUCCUUACUGGAGCUUUAAUGAGGGCUAUGAUGAGGAAACUGCUGUAAAUUAAAGGUACAGUACGUAGAAAUGGGAUCAUUAAGAGUUAAUUGGUAGUUUUCUUUGCGUAAAACCAAAACUAUAAUCUUUUUCAAAACCACAGACAGGACCCAAGACCCAGAACCUGGUCUGUGGUGUCCCAGUUUUUCUCUUCAGUAGGUAAAAACUCUGAAUUUCCUUUAAAAGAGAGUUUCCUCUGAACAUCAUUCAGGUUUAUUUGCAUAUUUAUAAUUAAGAUUUCAUUAAAAAACUGAAUUUCACCUGCAGAGACUCAGAUUUCUUCAUUCCCAGUAUUCUCUUUUGCAUUCCUCCACAUCAGUCUGGGUUAAUGAACACUUUAACACAGAUGUUUCACAAUAAAAGCGUGAGGAUUUAACAGACAAUAGAAGAAAGGAGAUACCCUGAAACGCCGGCGGGCUUUGAGAAUGAGACUAAUGAAGGGACUUGAAGAGGUGCUCACUUGGCAGUAAAGUAGAAAGAAACCUGACUGUAGAAAGAGGAGAAUAUGAUCCAACUCAUAUCAAACAGGAGGACUUGGAGUGAAAAGCUUCGUUUCCUAUUCAGAGAGCGAUUUUAUAGUAAAUAUUGGCUACGGGGGAAAAAAAGAGACAGUAAAAUCUGAGAGACACUUCAGGAGAUCGUGUCGUAAAAUCUCAGCAGGUCCAUCUGGUGCAUGCAGAGACCUGGCUCAAGUGCUGUCAGAGCAUUUUUCACCUUGACAUCAGAUACUUCACUCCACACAGAGCGGAUAACACUGCUGCUGCUGCUGCUGCUGAAAAAUACAUGUAUCCUAUACUAGGAUUAAAGCGGCGAGUUUCUAUACGUUUACAGACUCAAGAGAGCGUGUUAUUAGGUAUAUUCCAGUGUUCAGGUAACAAAAUGAGCUCGCUGGAGUCAUUUCCUGGUUGUAUAACAUGUUCAUGUUUGGUUUAGACUGAUGAGUGAACGAAUGAUGUGAUUAUUUAUAAAAGAGAGAGUCCUAAAAGAAUUUAUUUUAUUUUAUUUUGUUUGAUUAAAUUUUUUUGAUUUUAUUAUUUUUUAAUUUUUUAAUUUUUUUAUUUUUUUUAUUUUUUAAAAAAUUAUUUAAAACUAUUUAUUUUAUUUUUUAUGACUUAUUUUAGUUUAUUAUUUAUUUAUUUAUUUAAAAUCUUUUUUUUUAUUUAAUGAAUUAUUUUAUUUUAUUUUAUUAUUUUAUUUAUUUUUUAAAUGGGAUAAUUUGCAUUAAUGAACAUUUACAUGUAAAUGUAUGGGACUAUAUUAUAGAAGCAGCAGCAGAUUAAUACCAUCAUGUAUUCCAGCUUUUAAAAGCUUUAAAAAUACUUCCACCUUUCUGAUUAUUUUGAGUGAUGUAGUUGAACGCACCCCAAAGUCAUUAAAGGACAGAGAUAACGGCCGACGGAGCGACAAAUCUGCAGUUAGUGUCGCAUUUCUACUUGACAGAGUAUCAAACAAGCGGCUGAUAUUGUGCCUGAGCUGUUAGCUAAUAUCUGGAUAAGGACCCGGUCCUCCAUCUCAGCCCCUUUACGCCCAUUCAUUCCAUUAUUGAGCUCUGACUUUUCAAUUCCCCCAGAUCACCAGAAAGGAGUGAAGAGACAAAAUGAAAAAAAGUCCCUGCGGUCUGAAGAACCACCGAAAGCAAUUCCAACAUAUUGUCUGUUCGGGGGCUGGAUGGGGCCGGAGUGGGCCAGGUAAAGACUGAGGAAUCAGAGAUAUGAAAAAUAAAAACCUAGAUCUGAGAAAAAAAUAAAAACAUGUGCACCGGCAAAAUGUCCGAGCUUAAUCCGAGCCUCAUCGAGUGAAAAAAAACAGAAACAUAUUACUCCAAAUGACAAAUGACGCUGAUGUAAUACAAAUCCAUUUGAGAAGAGCUUUCCAUUUUUUUGAUUAGCAAGCAGCUGAGCAUUUCGCUAAUUCAAUCUGUCCUCUGGAUUGAGUUUGCAUUACCGCCAUAGUUAAUAACUUGACAUUCAGAGUAAGACUCUGGACUAUUUAGAUAAGUGAUGGUCUUCUCCAUGCCAGAUUACCCCAUUGCUCAUAAUAAAACCAUGUGUCUGAGAGAGCGGCUGCUGUUAUACUUUAUUGGGAUUGUUAUUAAUAGAACUAUCAGAAUAAAAGUCCAUAUAUGUGGAGAUACAGCCGAGCCCAGCAGGAUCUUCUGGGAGGAUUUGAGCAGAUGAAGGAAGUCUGCGAUGGCAUUAAAGCCACGGCUCCUGAAUAAAAGAUGAAAGUUUUGACUUGACUCCAAGUUUUCUCUCUCCGGUGGCUCGUCUCAAUUACUAUGACUGCAUUUUAGAGCAGAACCCAGUCAGAACUCGCUCAAGGAGAACUCACAUUUGUUCAACAUUUGACUGACGAUUUACAGAGAAACAAAACUCCCAGAAACACAGAGGAACAUGACGAUAAACCCGAGCUCAGACUGGAGGAGCUUCAGUCAUAAAACACUUGAAUCAAUCAAUCAGAGUUUGGAAACAGAUGGUCGCUCUGAGAGAUACGCUGAUGUAGGACAGCGUCUUAAAGGGACAUGAGACCAUAGCCUUCCUACACACAUCCAAAAACAACGUUGAUUUAUUUAUGUUUUUGACACUGAAUAUACCGAUACGGGCAAAAUGAUGUCGGUUAUUGUCGUUAAUUUCAGUGGCUGUAAAUUUUCGGUUUAUCACCCAGCCCUACACUGUACUUUGGCAAUGCUUAAACAAGACAGCGUUACAAUUAUUAUAUACCUAUCAAAAUAAACCUAAGUGUUUUUAUUUUGGCUUCAUCUUAAAUUUGUCUAAGUAUAAGUAAAUCUCUUUGAGUAAACAAAGAGAGCGAUAGAUAACAGAGCAGGCAUCAAUAAAAAAACACGUAAAACUCUGGUAAAAUCAGAUAAAGAGAGAAUCUCUUUAGUCUGCCUGAACUAGCACCAUGAACUUCUAAAUUUUAUUUUAUUUUUUAUUUAUUUUGUGUUUUAUUUUUCAAAUUUUCUUUAUUCCAUUAUUUAUUUAUCUAUUUUUUAAAUCAUUUUAUUAUUUUUAAAUUAUUUUUUACAUUUUUUUAAAUCUUUUGUGUUUUUUAAUUUAUUAUUUAUUUUGUUAUUUAUUUUAUUUUAUUUUAUUUUAUUUUAGUUUAUUAAAUGGGACAAUUUGCAUAAAAAUUUCAGUACUGGUAAAUUUUCGGUUCAUCACCCAUCCCUACACUGAACUUAUGGCGAUGCUUUGACAAGCCAGCAUCACCAUUAUUAUAUAUUUUUAUCAAACUAAACUUAAGUGUGUUUAUUUUGGCUUCGGCUUAAAUUUGUCUAAAAAUAAGUAAAUCUCUUUGGGUAAACAGAGUCAAAUUAGCAUGCAGAGGUCAGUUUCCACUUGCAGAGCUAGCACCACCUAUCAUCAGUCCUCCAUUCAGGUAAAUGAGCACAAGUCUAUUCAUGUGCAAAUGUUUCAUUUAACAAAUCUUCUCAUUUCAAUUGUUAUUUGUAUCGUGAUUAUUUAUGUGAUUUUGUGUAAACUUUAUGUGCUGCCGUUCUUGGUGAAGUCUCUCUUGGAUCUUAAUGAGACUAACCUGGUUAAAUAAAGGUUAUAAUUGCUCAUAACAACCAUAAUAAAAUGGAUUUAAACAGCUCUAUUCAAAGGAUUCAUUCACACACACACUGUAAAUCGUCCUCUCCAGCUGACCGUGUCGGUAUGAUGGAUUUAGAAAUGAAAACGUCUUCCCUGAUUCCUCACAGGUGAGCGGAAAUCUUCAACAAUCAGCCUCAAUUUGUCAAAACAAACAUUUGCUGUCGGAGUAAUCUCCUGUUAAACAACAAAAAGAGCCGCAGUGGAAAAAUAUCCUUUUAAUGGGACGUCUGCAGGGAGGAGGAUUAACUUAACCCAACACUGCGCUCCACCGAACACUCGCCGCUCCGACGCCCAACAGAUGAGGGACCGCGCUCCUUUGACUAAUCGCCUCUGAAGCCGACCCGGGUCUGACGUGAAAGGUUAAAGUGAUUCACUGACACCAACAAACAAGUGUGUAUCUGUGUGUGGGUGUGGGGGUGAGGGGGGGUGUUUUAACCAAAAACGCAGAGACAUUAAUCUGAUGCACCUCCUCCAUUAGCCCCCCCACUCCUCAGAAAGCCCACUUCACUGGCAUCGUAUCGUUAAUUUCACGCCACGCUGAGGAGAGACGCCGCGGGUGGGCAGAGAGUAAACGCUGCGGGUCGAGGACUUAGCAGCGCUCAUAAAUACUCCCCUAUUAGUUUUGGACUUUAAUAUCUCCUCCUCUCAGCCUCUGUGGGUCUGAGCGGCGGGGAUGAGUCCAAGGUCAGAGACACUCCCUGCUCUGACCAUUGAUCCAAUACCGGGUCAAUUCAGCGGGCCGUGAUUGAUGACGGCCUCGACCAAUCAGGAGGUACGACCAGGGGAGGCCAAUAUGGUGACAGAUGUCGGAGCAUGUGCGCCGGUUUAAUAAUGUAAAGGCUGCGCUGCGGCGUGUACCGGGACUCAAGGUAAAUGACAGCGGAGGGAGGGAGGGGCAAUGUCAGACACGGCGUGAUGAUGAUGAGGAUGUGGUUUCCUGCAUCUGCUCCCAGAUCAGCUGAGCGCCGGACAGAUAAAUGGAUUUCUUCCAACUGUAAAGAGGAUUAAAAACAAGAGCGGAGGAGGAGGAGGAGGAGGAGGAGGAGGAGGAGGAGGAGGUGAAGUUUGUUCUUCAGAUCAAAACUUCAGAGACGGACAAGUUUGUUUAUUCCUGACAUGAAUAAAGCAACAGUCAGCGUCUUUCACUGUUUACAGGGUCAGCUGUUUAUUAAGGCUGGAUUCUUAUUUUUCUCUCCUGCUCUCUUUUCACUUUUUCUCAUUUACUUUUUAUUUUCUCAGGAUGAAGAAAAAGUUUUUGACGUCUUAAAGAAAAUUUCUUAAAAUUAAAUUUCUGAUUUAUUUAAUAUAUUUUGAAUGUCGGCGAGUGAGAUUAAAGCUCCUGUGAGGAAUGCUAUUUGGCGCCCCCUGUGGACAAAACUGAGUUUGGACUUUUGACGAUGAAACUGAUCAUUUAUCGUUAAAACUGUUUGCUGUUUCUUUAACUGGAAAAUUGACACCUAAUGAUUCAGUGUUUUCAGGAUUUCACCUGCUCUUUAAAAAACUGAUUUUAAUAGAAAAUUGAGACGAAUAAGAAUAAAUAAGAAAGAGCAGACUAUAACAAAUCAGUUUUUUUACAAAUAUGAGAAAUAUAAAAAUGAAGAUUUUCAGUGUUAUUAUGAAGGUUCUCUCUGCAGAAGGAUUCAAUUAAAUACUAAAUGUUUAAUUUAAUUUUCAGGUAAAUUUAGUUUGUUUUUCCUAAAAUCUCCAAACUCUUUAAAAAUCCUUCCAGUUUGAGAUUCUCCAUCGAAUCCAAACUUUGGUCUCCUCUCUCUGAAAGUUCCGCCCUGACUCUGGUCACCGUAUUGCCGCCUGCAGCUAUAAUUUAAUUUUGCCUCUGCUGCCCUGUGACCAUGACCUUAUAUCAUAAAGCCCCAGAACCUUUCAGGGCAUCUGCAGCAGCCACCGCCGCACAAUACUGAUCCUUUCUAGACAGAGAGAGGUACAAUUCCUGCAAAUGAAAAAUAACAAACCUCUGACUCUCCAACACCACCAGGGAUGGAGGUUUUUCUGCAGUCCGUUUUACUGCCUCUCCUUAAACCAGUCUCAUCUCUCAGUAUAACCCAGUUCAAAUAUAUAGAACUGAAAAGAGCAUAAAGACGACAUAUUAAUCUGUAUAUUUAUAUCGAAAUCAGACGAUCAUUUCAGCCACAAGACCAAAACGGCAAAGAACUGGAUUUCAUCUAUAAAACAAAAUACCUGCAGAAAUCUCUGCACCCUUAUCUCUGAAGGUUCUGCAUCUAAAACAGGCGUGACUCUGAAGUGGAAGUCACUACAUUUACAUAAAAUCACCUUUACAAUCCAUUGUAUGUGAACAGUCUAAGUCAAAGUCUACUCAGGAUAGGACUGGGCGAUUAUUUGAUUGUGAUCGAUGAUCCUGAUAAAUUUCAGUUCGAUCACGGUGAUCAGUAAUGGAAAUGGAGGCGAUGGAAAUCCGGAAGCGAGGUCCGAGGACCAUCAACCGGGAAUGAGGGGGCAUAUAUGCUCUCCCACACCUGGAGUUAGAUAUUGCAGGGGGCGAGCGGGCAGCUGAAGGCGUGACCGAUCUGUCAAACUGACGGAAAGGUCACGCCUUCAGAAACAUCAACUGUUUUAAGACGAGGUAACUAAAAAACCAAGAACAUCUGAUCGUCAUCUCUAGUUUCUUUAGUUUUUAGUACAGAUGCUUUAAAAUGAGCAGUUUAAGAAAAAAUCGUGAUAAUAAUCGAGACGAUAUGAAAAAAUACAUCGUGAUCAUAUUUUUUGCCAAAUCGCCCAGGCCUAACUCAGGAUGGACAGAGGUCCUGUGGUCGGACAGAUCUACAUUUGACAGUCUCAUAUUUGGACAUGCUGUCAUCCAGACUUUACAUUUCUCGGGAGAGUCCUAAAAAAGACGAUAUCAGACUCUAAUCUGCAGGAGUAACAUCAUCAGGACUUUUAGCUUCUUAAAAAGUUUUGGCACAAUAUGAAAUUAAAAAUACAACAAAGGAGACCCUGAACUGUUGAGCUGCUCAAAUCCACCAUCUCAGUUUCUCCUCUUCUCCAAAGUUAUCAGAGUUUGUUUCAGAGAAGAAGAAAAACUGAUGCAACACGAUGGUAAACACGCCAACGCCGCCGCUGCUGCAGAUUCUCUGACGUGUGUCGCAUAUUUCUUCAGAGACGAUUUAAGUUUUUCAGUUUUUCAGCAUAAGAGUUACGAUAUCAGAAUUGAGCAUUAAGCGGCUUUAUUGGGAGGAAAUUGAUUGUUUGGACUUUUCUGAAUACAAAAUAAACUCUUAUCUAUCAAAGCUGCUGUUGCAGAGAGUGAGUCUGUUAUUAGUUUCUCUAAACAAAAGAACAAGUUUCCUUCUUAUCUCUGAUUUGUUCGAGCUCUUCAGUCUAAAUUUGCUUUUUUCCCCUUUGAGAAAUUUAACAGAUUUGUUUCCAUCUGAAUUAUUAUUAUUAUCAGGCGGUCUCUCCCUUUAAAAUCUUAUCUCUCUCUCCUCCGAACUGAUUGGGUGUGUUUUAGAAAAUUGGCUGCAAGUUAAACAACGUCAAAACUUCAGAGCCGAGCCUCUGAGAGUACAGGAAUAACAAACGCCGUUCUGCCUGCGUGAGUUUGAUCUUGAGGUUCAGCGGGGCGAAAAGAUAAAGAGAUAUUGUGUGAGGAGAGAGCGAGAGCAACGCGCCGCCGCCGACGAACCUCGGAGAUCUCAGCCACGGCACGGCUUGACAGGUACAAGAGGAGGCGGAGGAGGUGGGAGGAGGAGGAGGCGGGUGGGAGGCGUUGCCAGUCAACCAUCCCCUUGUUUCCCCUUGUAGGUCGCUGCAGAUCCUCCAGUUCCGGUCCUGAUUGUCUCCCGCUCACCGUCCCCCCCCCUGAGAUCAGAGGGAGGAGGGAUGGAGAGGGUCCACAAACGCCGCUACGCCGUGGUGGACAAAGCGAUAGCCCGUCCCUCUAUCUCUCUCUCUUCCUCUUCCUCUUCUGUGUGCACAACGCCAUGAGCGCCGCCGGGAUAUUGAGACAGACAUAUCCCUCUAAGAUGAAAGGGCCGUUUCAGUCACACGGGCCCCCGAGGUAAACGUGGUCAGAGUUAGCAAGCAGCUCCUCGUUUAUUGUGGAGGCUCAAAGGCGCCAUAACACCCGGCAAAAGCAAUAAAGGGCAACUGCUCUGUUCACACUUCUGACAAGCUAUUUGUGGCUCCAGCAGGCCACAAAGACUUAUGCUUAUUUGCUUUUGUUUGUGAAGCGCGAACAAAGUUUGUCCCCGCGGAGGAGGAGGAGGAGGAGGAGGAGGAGGAGUAGGUGACGGCGGUUUCCCCUUCAGUCUUUUCGGGUUUUUAGAUUUAAAGCCCCGCCGCUGCUCCGGCCUUAUCUCUCAUUAUUUGUGCAGUGAUUAUGCAGCCGAUGGAGCUGACAGUCGGAAAUCUCUGUCUCUCUCCCUGGAGGGUUUGCGUGACAGCGCUCAGAGCUGCGGCGUUUUGUAA